GCAAGCUAGCCCUCACUUCCACAAGACAAGACAGCAGCUUUAAUCUCCUCCAACAUGGUUAAGCAAAAGAUGGUAAUGAAGCUCACCAUGGAAGAUGCUAAGAAGCACUCGAAAGCCUUAAAAACGGCCGUUAGUUUUUCAGGUGUUAUAUCAGCUGGACUAGAAGGAGAAGCGAAAGACCGUCUCGUAGUGAUUGGAGAUGGAGUAGACUCGAUAAGUUUGACAAUAACAUUGAGGAAGAAGAUGGGGCAUGUGGAGCUAGUUAGUGUCUCUUCUUAUGAUGAGAAGAAAGAUGGGAAGAAGGAGAACAAUAAUAAUAAUAAUAAUAAGUCUAAAGGGGAAGAUACUAAAUACCUGGUCUCAUCAGCAGGAAGCUUCAGAGGCCUCCUAGAGAAUCAAGCGCUCCCUCAACUUUUUGAGCACCAGACAUACAGAUCAUAUCGGCGAUUCGGCGCACAUUACUGA